AUGUGAGCUUCUUGUAAAGGAAUGCACUUUGCAAGCUCCCCCUCUGCGUGUGCCCCCUCCUCUCUCUUUCUGACUUGUGUUUUGCUUAAAGGACCACACAGACCCUCGGCUUCAUGCAAGGAAAAUUAUAAACACUUUCAUGCAGGCCAUCUCUCAUAUACUGAGAGGAUUUGUGCGGAGAGCUGUGCUGCUGUAGGUCUGGAAAUGGGUCUCACGACUGACUCGUCAAUGGCGACCAAUCGGUAACCAGGGAGAGGGGGGAGACUUUUCCCUUUUUUCCCCCUUUUUUCUGUAGAGGGAGGGGUGUUGUGGGAUAAUGCUCGGCGGACCGUGAAGCGUAACAACCAGAAGAGGGACAAAGACGCACAUAGCGGGAUUGAAUGCAACAGAGAGAAACGUCUCCCAACUGAGAGAAAAAAAACUUUGAAAUGUGUAGAUGGAUGUAAAAAGUGUCGCUAGGAAGAGUCGAGACAAGCAACGGCAAGAAAGAUUACUUCAAAUGUGGGAAUCCGAGUUUAGGACUAAAACUGUGGGUUCACUUUUGGAUAGUUGGCGCGUUUCGGUGGACGUGCAGUUUGGAGCGGACAUGCUUCCAGGGGUGAGCGUCUCUUUUUCGCUCGUGGUGGAUUCCGUGAACCAGAUACUGACUUCCACUGUUGCGAAGACCACCAGCAGGAGGCAAACCCCAGUCGAAGUGCAAGUUAGUGGAAAAUUUGGGGGAGAGAAAGCUGCGCUGGUAACAGACUCCUAUGAGAUUUAGGCUUAAGUUUUUCAAAAAACGUUUAUAUACUAAUGAGUUGGUGGAGAAAACUGCUCCUCACAUAACUUGAAUUCCAUCCAAGCAUGAAAUGUUGGUGCAGCGCCCUGGCACUUCUCCCGUGGGUGCUGGUGGUUUUGGAUGCCCAACUGAUCUGCUGGCAGGCGCUCCUUAGGUGCCACGACGAGCCCGAAUGCGAGCUCGCAUACAGCCAGUACUUAGCGGCAUGUGAGGGGAACAUCCGAGGCACGAGGAGGCAGUGCCCGAGCCACUGCAUUAGUGCGCUGAUAAGGCUGAAUCACACCCGAAGCGGGCCAGACUUGGAGAGAUGCGACUGCGCGCAGGACCAGGACUGCCUCAGCGCAAAGCGGGCCAUCGAGCCGUGCCUCCCGCGCAGACACCCCAGCGACGCCGGUGGGAUCGGGUGCAUGGAGGCCCGACAGCGCUGCGAGGAGGACAGCAACUGCCACACCUCCCUCACGGCCUACUUGUCAUACUGCGGGCAGCUGUUCAACGGCAGGAAGUGCUCCUCGAAAUGUAAAGCCACCAUUCAGCAGAUGCUCUUCAUCCCUAACGGCAUGCUGCUGAACCGCUGUGUUUGCGAUGGGGUGGAGAGGCCUUUCUGUGAAGUGGUCAAGGAGAACAUGAGUAAACUUUGCUCCAUUGGAGACCACAGCGUUAUAUCAGACCUGCCUGACGUUGAUGACAUGUAUGAGGAUGAGGACUAUGAUCCAAAACUUAACAAGGAGGAGGUUCAUACAGAAAAUUCCUCAGCUUCCCAGAGGUUACACAGCUGCAUGCUGAUCCUGUUUCUUUGGAUAUUACUCUGAUUUUUAUGGAUGCUGGGGACAUUUGUUGGAUUCAUCAGUGAAAACACAAAGCCCCCCCCCCCCCCCCCCCCCCCCCCCCCUUGGAUUAACUAAGAACCAGUGAAAGACUGAUCCUGGUAAAGAACACUGCUGAGUCUGUUUGCCUUCGCUUUUGUAGCUGCACGCGGACAGAGAGCACUGUAAUGGCUGGUGCUGACUUUCCACAACCCUGCAGUUUGCAGUUAUUCUUCUUGAACAUUGGAAGAAAGAAGGAAACUCCUCUUUCCAGAGACUUCACUGAGAGAGGAAGCUUGUUGUCAAAAAUGUCAAAAUAUAUAAAUAUAUUUUAAGGUGAGAGGAAAUUACCCAAACCAGACUUUGCCGCAGGGUCUGAACAUUUUGUGUACCCUUUAACUGCUUCUGUUUAUUUGGUUUGGUUUCAGUGGUACUUGAAGUGUGGCUUUAUUAAGACCUUAGACAAACAUGGAGCCCAUCCAGUCUCUGUUUGCUCUGCUCUCCAUUUCAGUGGCCUUUGCAUUGUUGCAGAAACCACACUUCAAAUAUUUGUGGGAACAGUCAGAGAACAGGCAAGGGUGUGGGAUCAAGUGCUCAAAUUAACUGAAGCGUCUCUCCAGCACUCAGUCUCGUUCCCAUUACUGCUUUCAUGCUGCAAAAACACCCCACCAAAAGCUGUCAUCAGCUGGUAUGUACAUGUCAUACCUGCAAGUUAUCCAGUAAACAGCAAGUCUCACCUGCUUUGUUUUCUUUCUGCUUCACACAUCCCUGAACUCACUGAACAAAAUCUUUUUGGAUCACAAGCAUUGUCCCAGUCGGCGACCAAGGCAGUAUAUAAAUAACAGGUGUUAAAUCUGUUUGUUUUGUCACACAGCUGAAGUUAAAAGCAGCAUAAAAGUGAGUCCUAAUCAGUCUUUUCACCAAGUUUAUUUGCUCUACAUUACAUGCACACACACAAAUAUAAAUCUCUAAUGAUAUCAGAGAUUCAGUCACUUGCACAAAUUCAUAAUGAAGUACAUUGCCUUAUUGUCGUUCAUUGUGUGUUUAAAGAUGAGAAUAUCACCUCAAAGCUAAUGUUACAUAUUUGAAUGUCUGCACCGAUAGUACAGGCCUUCUUCCACCACUCUGUCUUUAGUUUUGUUUUGUUUUUUAAUGCAAAAAAUAUGUUUUGAUCAUUUGUACUAAAGCUGCCAGUUUUGUCUUUGCCACUUGAAUUCUUGAUCAAUGUUUUAUGUUAAAUUAUGAAGUUAGAAUAUGAAGAAUGUGUAUAUAUUUUACUAUCAUAUGCAGUAAGAGGAGUUGCUUAAAUGCAGUUAAUAUAAACACAAAUGUAGCUCUGAUUCACUUCACAAAAAAAGACACGAUUUUCAUUUUUUAUCUCAAUGUGAGAAAAUGGCAGUAAUUACUCCAGAGAGAGUUUUUCAUUUGGAAGGGUGAGUUUUAUAAUAAAAUAUUUCUGAUGUAGA